UUCGUGCACAGCUUAUACCUUAGAGUAAGUGCUAGGUACAACACGCAAACACCUCAAUUAGCUCAAUAGGAAAUUCAGUUUCGUCGCGAUGUGAGGCGAAGCAAAGCAGAUCUCAGCGCACUCACAUAACUCACAAACCCAGCGUUCAUUAACAGCAGAGAAAUCAAUGAGUGACAAGCCCUGGUCACAAGAUUACAAUCCAUCGAAAUUGAAAACGAAAACGUAGGGAGAGAAUAAAAGAGUCUAAUCCUGCCCAGAUAUCGGACUGGCCAUCGUUGGCCCCGCAACACACAACAAUUCCACUCACAUGUCUUUCCGUGCGUAAACUAAUUGGUCUCCACAGCAGAGGGUCAACUAGCAGUCAAUUAACCCACAACGACACCCUAUAGCAAUCUGAUUCCAGUCGGUUAAAGUUGCACCUGAUUCCACACCCAACAUGGCAGAGGGCGACUACGCGGAGCAUGUGGAAAGAACUGAGCUUCCGGCCCCGAUGAUAUCCCGCAAGGAGGUUAGCAUCUGGGCCAUUCUGAAGAACUGCAUCGGCAAGGACCUGAGCAAAAUCACCAUGCCGGUCAUGCUGAACGAACCACUUAGCUUCAUCCAGAGGCUCUGCGAGUACAUGGAGUACGCACAACUGCUCACCGAAGCCGCUCACCAGGAAUGCCCGGCAGACCGGAUGAAAUACGUGGCGGCCUUUGCCGUAUCAGCAUUAGCCUCCAACUGGGAGCGCCUGGGAAAACCUUUUAACCCUCUUCUUGGGGAAACAUACGAGCUGCAGAGGGGCGACUAUCGAAUCGUCUGCGAGCAGGUGUCCCACCAUCCUCCAGUAUCUGCAUUUCACGCAGAAUCCAAGGACUUCAAGUUUCACGGCACGAUUAGUCCAAAAAUCAAGUUUUGGGGCAAGAGUGUUGAGGUGAAUCCCAAGGGAACUGUGACCGUUGAGUUUCCGAAAUGGAACGAAAGUUACAGCUGGACUAAUGUCAAUUGCUGCGUUCACAACAUAAUUGUGGGCAGACUGUGGAUUGAGCAGUAUGGAAAGAUGGAGAUCACUAACUACGCCACUGGCCAUGUGGCAAGUCUAACCUUUAAGUCCGCCGGAUCUGGAGCCAAAAACUUGCAUCGAGUAGAGGGAUAUGUGAAGGAUGCCAGUGAAACCAACAUAUACUUCCUUUAUGGCAAAUGGACCGAGUUCAUUAAAUGCUGCUCUGCCGAGUCCUACGUCCAGUUUUUGAAGCAGGGAACCAGGAAGAACGAUGACUACGAUGGCUCCCCCAACGGAACGCCAAAGAAGAUGUUCUCGAAAUUGAAUAGUUUUAAGCUUAACUCAUUUCGCAGCCUGUCCAUUCAAGACGUAAGUAGCGAUAGCUACCCGCCCAUGGAGCAGGAAGGCGACAUCCCAAAGAGUGACUCUGCAUAUUCACUUGAUAUUCCUGACUCGACGACCCUGUGGAGCUGUAAGCCCCGACCUUCCAAUUGUAGCGAGUACUACCAGUUUACGCAUUUUGCGCUGCAGCUUAACGCCAUGGAUAGCAACAUGAAACCACCGCUGACACUAUGCCCUACCGAUUCGCGACUGCGACCUGAUAUAUUACACCUAGAGGAAGGGAACUUGGACGGUGCCUCCAAGGAGAAGACUCGCCUCGAGGAGAAACAAAGGCACACACGAAAACAAAGGAAGUCCACCAAUAGCGAUGACUGGUCCCCCAGGUGGUUUAAGUACGCAACUAACCCCCAUACCAAAAUCGACGAUUGGCUGUACAGCGGGGGAUAUUGGGACCGCAAAUACGACAACACCGAUACGAUAUUUUAGAAACAUUUUGUAGCGGGCUUACGCUUACAGUAUAUAUAUUUGUAAAAAGUUUGCGAGCUGUUUAAACUUAGGAACCAUUAAAACCUGGAUAAUUGUAAUGGUUGGCAGGUAGAACAUUCCAAAUCCCACCGUUUGAUACCAUCACGUUCAUGUAUGACCACGUGAUUGUACGAUCUGGUGGGGCAGUUGACCUCAGUCAAUCAAGUCGCACAAGAAUCCAUAAUGAUAUUUAGUUGAACGCUUACUUUUCGUAGUUUCUAUGUAUGUGUAUAGAAAGUUGUUAAAUCGUGACGAUUCCAUAUGAAGCUAUUAAAGUGUUAUUCAGUUAUUUGUUGCGCUAGA